CGCGCCGCGUCUCUUCGGUUCCGAGCGUCCCGCGGCGCCGCUGCCCGAUCGGACCUGAAGCUGCUGCGGCCGCGGCCGGCGGGGCGGAAGGCGGCGGAGAUGCGGCUGGGAAGGUUGCUAAAGGCAGUCUGGCAAUUGCUGAUAGGCUACUCUGAUAGAGGUGCGCAGUAGAAAGAGACACAGAAUCUCUGCCCACAACCCAGUCAGAUUCUGCCCACUUUGCUAACGCAAAAGAAGCAGGGAAUCGAGGCAGUGUAUGUAUGAAGAAAGACACUGAGGGAUCUGCUGAAGAUGAGGCGACUGAAUCGGAAGAAGACUUUGAAUUUAGUGAAAGAGUUGGAUGCCUUUCCAAAGGUUCCAGAAAGCUACAUAGAGACUUCAGCAAGUGGAGGAACAGUUUCUCUAAUAGCUUUUACAACUAUGGCUCUCUUAACCAUAAUGGAGUUUACGGUAUAUCGAGAUACCUGGAUGAAAUAUGAGUAUGAAGUAGAUAAGGAUUUUACUAGUAAAUUAAGAAUAAAUAUAGACAUUACAGUUGCAAUGAAGUGUCAACACAUUGGUGCUGAUGUCCUGGAUUUGGCAGAAACAAUGGUUGCUGCGGCAGAUGGGUUAGUCUAUGAACCAGUAAUAUUUGAACUCAGUCCCAUGCAAAGAGAGUGGCAAAGGAUGCUGCAAAAUAUUCAGACUCGGCUGCAGGAGGAACAUUCUCUGCAAGACGUAAUAUUCAAAAGUGCUUUUAAAAGUGCUUCGACGGCACUGCCACCAAGGGAAGACAAGCCUGUACAGUCUGCAGAUGCCUGCAGAAUUCAUGGGCAUCUCUAUGUGAAUAAAGUAGCAGGCAACUUCCACGUUACAGUGGGCAAGGCAAUUCCCCACCCAAGGGGCCAUGCUCAUUUGGCAGCCCUUGUGAGUCAUGAAUCAUACAACUUCUCCCAUAGGAUAGAUCACUUGUCCUUUGGAGAGCUCAUCCCAGGGAUUAUUAAUCCUUUAGAUGGUACUGAAAAGAUUGCAUCAGAUCACAAUCAGAUGUUCCAGUACUUUGUUACAGUUGUGCCAACAAAACUUCAAACACACAAAAUUUCAGCAGAAACUCAUCAGUUUUCAGUAACAGAAAGGGAACGUGUGAUCAACCAUGCAGCCGGAAGUCAUGGGGUUUCUGGAAUUUUCAUGAAAUAUGAUAUCAGUUCCCUUAUGGUGACGGUGACCGAGGAAAACAUGCCCUUCUGGCAGUUUUUAGUGAGACUCUGUGGUAUAGUUGGAGGAAUUUUUUCUACUACAGGCAUUUUACACAACAUUGGAAGAUUCAUAGUGGAAAUUAUCUGCUGCCGUUUCAGACUGGGGUCUUAUAAAUCUACAUCUGUCCAGCUUCAAGAUGGCCACCUAAACAACCACAUACCUCUAAUGACGGACAAUGCUACACAUUAGCACCUUCUUCAGAAACUGUUUUCUUUCUGUCUGACGCAGAAGACACUUUUAUAGCAAAACAUUGUGCAAUAUGUUAAAGACAGUGCUGAUAGAGGAAAACAAGCCUUUUACAAAAAAAAAAAAAAAAGGGAGAACAAUUAACUUCUCUGUGUGACUUGUCUGUCCUUUCAAGGAUUCAUAAAGAGGCCAAGAUGAUCCAUGAAUUAAGUCCUGCUUCCUGAAUGAACAGGAUUGUUGUUUAGAUGAGACUGUAAUUCAGAAACUGCAGUUAACCGUGAAACUAUCAACUCUAGAUUCCAAAGCGUUACAAGAUUCUCAUAAAAACUAACAUUCAAAGGAAUGACGUUGGAAAGAGAUGUAUUUUCAAUAUGUAGUAUAGCAGGAAAAUUUGCAGCGUGAACUCAGAAGUUGUAUAGUUUUGUUUUUAAAACAGGAUGCAAGAUGUGGGUUUUUCCCCCCUACUACAUCUUUUAAAAUGUCACUGCUGUAAUAAGACUAUGGAAAUCCCAGGAAAUGGAGAAUAGCACAAGAAGGAAAGUUAAAAUCUUGCACUGGGAGCGUAGCAUGUAUGCAUAUUUAUGAAUUGGCUGUUUAAACAAAUGUGGAAAACAUUUUAGUAUAUCACUUAUUUUCAAACAAAGUUUCUCAAAAGAAAAUGGACUGGUCAAAGAAUUAUGAGCUCUUCAUAUUGUAAGUUGUUGAGAGUAAUGGAUAGCCUCUUGUUCUAGGGGCUCUUGACAAUCUAAAGGAUCCAUCACGGUAAUUGUAACAUUUCUUGAGUUUUAAGGUACCAUCCAAUUGGAUUAUGAUGCUGAUCUCCAAUUUUUUUGUAGGUUGGUCCAUAUGUGCUUGUGCCCUGCAUUAAAAUUUUCUUGAAUGUAA